UGGAAUCCAAACACACUGCAGUGGUUAAAAGGAAAAUACCAAAAAAAGAAUAAAACAAAGAGAGAAAGAGAAACAGAUGGAAACUGAAGGUGGGAAGGGUUAAAUUAUAAGUAUUUUACAUUCCAGAAAAAACAUUUUGCUUCUCUUUCUCUGAGAGAAGAUGGACCCGAAUGGUGGAUCGAGCUCCGCAGGGGCCGCAGAUGGAGCAUCUGAUCCCGCAGCUGCACGUAGGAGGCAUUCCAAGAAACCUAAAUAUUCUAGGUUUACACAACAAGAGCUUCCUGCCUGCAAACCAAUUUUAACACCUGGAUGGGUCAUUUCAUCAUUCAUCUUUGUUGGCAUUAUCUUCAUCCCUAUUGGUCUUGCUUCCUUGUUUGCAUCAGAACGUGUGGUAGAAAUUGUACACCGCUAUGACACGGACUGUGUUCCUGCAAGUUACCGCAAUGACAUGCUUGCAUAUAUUCAAAGCAAUGAAACUAACAAGACCUGUACCAGGACAUUUCUUGUUCCAAAGCAAAUGAAAAGUCCUGUUUAUAUAUAUUAUCAGCUUGAUAACUUCUACCAGAACCAUCGCCGAUAUGUGAAGAGUAGAAGUGACAAGCAAUUGCGGAGCAGGGCAAGUGAGAAUGACACAAGUUCCUGUGAUCCUGAAGACGUCACAGCCAAUAAAUCUGCAAUUGUCCCUUGUGGUCUCAUUGCAUGGAGUCUUUUCAAUGACACAUAUGGGUUUUCUGUAAAUAACACGUUGCUAGGGGUCAGCAAAAAGAAUAUAGCAUGGAAAAGUGAUCAGCAGCAUAAAUUUGGGUCUGAUGUCUAUCCUAAAAAUUUUCAGAGUGGAGGCUUGAUCGGGGGUGCAAAACUCAAUUCAAGCAUACCUUUGAGUCAACAAGUGGAUCUUAUUGUUUGGAUGCGAACUGCAGCACUGCCAACUUUCAGAAAACUAUAUGGGAAGAUAGAGGUGGACCUUGAAGCUAAUACAGAGCUUACAGUUGUAAUAGAGAACAAUUAUAACACCUAUAGUUUUGGGGGUAAAAAGAAGCUGGUUCUUUCAACCACAAGUUGGAUCGGUGGAAAAAAUGAUUUCCUAGGCAUAGCAUAUAUCACCCUCGGUGGACUGAGCUUAUUCUUAGCAAUAAGCUUUUUACUUAUUUACAUCAUUAAACCAAGGCCGCUUGGGGAUCCGACUUUCUUGUCAUGGAACAGAAACCCAGCAGGACAUUUCAAUUUCAACUAGGCAUUUUCAAAAUGGUUCCAUCUAUUGAGGGGUUUUUGAUGCAACAUGGUUCCAUUCUCAGUUUGUCUUAGAAAAUUGUACUUACUAUUUAUGUUUGAAGACUUCCAACUAGAGUAUAUAUAUAUAGCUCUGCAGUUAUUGAAUGGUUUGAACUGUCCAGGAAGCAGUGAAUCUCAUAGUAGUUUUUUUUCCCUU